AUGAAGGUCCCCUCUUUCCCUGCUUCUGGAGGAUGGUACCGUGAAACCGGUGGAGGAGUACUCCGUGACGUCCGUGACGGCGAAGGCGGCGGACGAUACAGCCGGUCUCACGACGCACUGGCUAUCCGAAGAGCAGAAGUAGCUGAUGCUGGACGUUGGGCAUGCCGCGCAGCAAACUCUCACGGUCACCUGACUCUGAGACUUCAUCUUGCUGUGAGGGCGCAUUUGACUGUUCAUGCUCAACCUCAUACACAGGUGGUGAACAGUGGGGGCACAGCAGUCAUCAAUUGCACCUGGAGUGGCUGGCCAGCCCCUCGCCUGGAGUGGCUUCACAACGGGAUACCUUUAGGUGCAGGAGUAGCCGGUGGCAGAGUCAGGGUUCAGAAUAAUGGAGAACAGUUACUGAUAUCCUCAGUCCACCGAGCUGACAAAGGAGUAUAUCAGUGCAUGGCAAGAAAUGAGAGAGACUCGGCGCAGGCCAGUGCGGAAUUGAGGCUAGGAGACACAGCACCAGAACUCCAGUACACGUUCAUAGAACAGGUACUGAGAGCUGGUCAGGUGGUGACCCUGAAGUGUUCAGCUACCGGUUCUCCCCCGCCGCACUUCACCUGGAUGCUGGAUGGGCAACCGCUUAACACGAUGGCUAGAGGUCACAGAUAUAGUUUAGAACAAUUCGCGACGAAGACAAACGAUGUGGUCAGUUAUCUAAAUAUCUCAGCUGUAAGGUCUGAAGAUGGUGGCCUCUACACCUGCAGAGCCGCCAACUCUCUUGGAGAAGUAUCACAUACAUCCAGACUCAACAUCUAUGGUCCACCUUACGUGCGGUCAAUAGGACCGAUAAGAGCUGUAGCGGGACGAGAGCUGGUUUUGUAUUGCCCUUAUUCUGGCUAUCCUAUCAGUUCAGUAAAGUGGGAACGAGACGGGAACACCGUAGAGUGGGAAAACAGCAUUGAUGGAGCUCUCAGAGUAUCUAGGGUUGAUCCCUCACAUGCAGGCGCUUACACUUGCGCUGUUAUGGGACCUCACGGUGAAAUAGCCAGGAGAGAGUUGCAGCUUGUAGUGAGCAAUCCUCCGGAAAUCGAACCGUUUUCUUUCUCUGCUAACUUGCAAGAAGGCAAAAGAGCUCAAGUGAGCUGCAGCGUCACCUCAGGAGACAUGCCUGUUCACUUCACAUGGCUGAAGGACAACGCUCCUAUUCCUUCCACUUUACAGGUGGAAGAACGAGGCGCUGAUUUUUUCAGCAACCUCGUAUUCAAAGAGGUAUCGGCGCGCCACAGCGGGCUUUAUACUUGCGUGGCCUCAAAUACAGCGGCCAAGGUUAAUUACACCGCUGAACUGGUGGUGAAAGUAUCACCCAAAUGGGUAGUGGAACCUAAAGAUGAAGCAGUCCUGGCUGGAGAAGCUUUAGCACUACAUUGUCAGAGCACAGGGUCUCCUACGCCUCAAGUUACCUGGUUAAAGCAAAGAGGGUCAUCAAUUGAUUACAUUCCCCUAGUAAACCUGGGUGGUAGGUUCCAAUUCCUGUCGAAUGGUACGUUGUGGAUCGAGUCAGCGCUUCCCUAUGAUGAAGGGAACUACAUGUGCAAGUCAGAGAAUGGAGUAGGAACUCCGCUGACUAAAACAAUAUUUGUUUCUGUUAAUGAACCUGCACGGUUUGAGCUGACGUCACACAACAUGACAGCUCGCCGUGAUGCGCCUGCGACACUCGUGUGCGACGUGCGUGGAGACAGCCCUAUCAGGGUCACGUGGGCGCACAACAUGAAUCACUUAGAUCUUAAUACUUAUAGACUAAGCAUCUCUGAAGCAAAGACUGAUAGUGGAUUAAGAUCGCAGUUGUACAUCAGCCGAGCGGAUCGCCAGGACUCUGGCGUGUACAAGUGUCAAGCUGUCAACGCUUAUGGCCACAGCGACCAUUAUAUUUAUCUUUCCGUCCAAGAAAAACCCGACAUGCCUCACUCACUUUCUGUGACGGAGAUCUUGAGCCGUGCAGUUCGUUUGUCCUGGAGCCAGGGUUUUGACGGCAACAGCCCACUCGUGGGCUACACGUUACAGUACUGCGCGUUGUCUGCGCAGGGCGCGAUACGCGUGAAUCAGUGGGAUGCCGCAGUCACCAUCAACGUAUCUAUCCAUGGGAUCCCUCACUCACAUGUUACCUUGACCAAGAAAGGUGAUGUCCAUUACGAAGCUCUACUCAGCAACUUAAAACCGCACACGGCGUAUAUGAUCAGAAUAGCUGCUAUUAACCAGAUAGAUAGGAGCCCCUACACAGAGCCGGUUGUCGUUAAGACGCAAGAAGAAGCUCCAUCAGAAGCUCCUACCAACGUGCAUGUAACUCCUGGUGGACCAGGAGAACUCCAUGUUUCUUGGCGCCCACCACCAAGAGAUGCAUGGCAUGGGGAGCUAUUAGGGUACUCUGUUACGUGUACUGAAAUCAGUCCUUCUGCUUCAGCUAUGAGAAAUGCUAGCAGAACACUGACAAUAAACGGUUGGUCAGCAACAGAAUUAAGUCUGUCAGCACUUCGAAAGUUCACGCGCUACGAGGUCCGUGUGAGAGCAUUUAAUGGUGUGGCUGCAGGCCCAGCAUCCACACCUGUUUCAGCUACUACUUUAGAAGGAGUUCCUGAAUCAGCUCCAACGAGAGUAUCCUGCUCUCCACUAUCGUCUUCUAGUAUGAAGGUCUCAUGGAAUCCACCACCAAUUGGACAGCAUGGAGGUUUGAUACAGGGAUACAAAGUCAUCUACUCGCCACUUACAAGUGAUCAUGUGGACGUGGGGGAGAUAAAGAGAGUGACUACAACGGACACAUAUCUCCACACGUUGAGAAAGUAUACCAACCAUUCUAUACAAGUGCUAGCAUUUACAAAUGCCGGAGAUGGGAAAAGAAGUUCUCCUAUAUACUGCAUGACAGAAGAGGACGUGCCCUCAGCGCCUGAGAAAAUCAAAGCUUUGGCGUUCUCAAUCAACUCGGUCCUUGUAAGCUGGCUACCUCCUCUGCAUCCUAACGGCGUUAUAUCCCAAUACACAGUCUACUACAGAGAAGCUGGACGGUUAGGCAAGCACUCUAGUUUUCCAGUUUCAGUUGAAAAGAAAGCGGACAAUGAGUUGAUGUUCCAAGUAGGAAACCUUAUGGAGAACCAGCUUUAUGAAUUCUGGGUUUCUGCUACCACUGGUUCGGGAGAAGGAGAGUCUACACUCGUAGUUGGACAAGGACCUAGUUCUAGAAUCCCGGCUCGUAUCGCGUCGUUCGGUCGCCGGGUGUCGGUGGGCGCGGGGCGCGCGGCGCUGCUGCAGUGCACGUGCGUGGGCGCGCCGGCGCCGCGCUCGCGCUGGCAGCACGCGCGCGUGCCCGUCACGCACCACCAGUACUACCAGGUCACGCACAGGGGACACCUGCACAUACGAGAAGUAAAUGAACAGUCAUCGGGAAACUUCACGUGCACCGCUAGCAACACUAUCGGAGAAGACUCCAUCGUUUACGUAGUAACUGCCAUCCUGCCACCUGCAGCUCCGGCUCUGUCUCUCCAAUACACCACUGCUACCAGCAUCAAAAUACACUGGCAACUACCUGGUGAUAGUGCUGAGCCAAUACUUGGUUAUCUAUUACACUACAAGCAAGUUUCCGACACCGACUGGCACAUCGUAGAACUGUCUCCUGAAGUCACCAACUACGUCAUGGAUAUGCUCAAGUGUGGGUCAACGUAUAACGCUAAGAUACAAGCUCGCAACAAGAUCUCCAUAGGACCACCUAGUGAAGUGCUUAGCGCCACAACUAGAGGGGGACGACCAAAACCUCCAAAGCCCGAAGAUCACGUCCAUAUGAACUCCACGGCGAUUAAGAUUAACUUCUAUGCGUGGCGAGAUGGUGGUUGCCCUAUACUGGGAUUCAGAGUUUCGUAUAGAAGAGCAGGCUCCGAACAUUGGAUAAAGGUCGGCGACGGGCUGAGUUCAGCUAGCCAUGUCGUUGGUGAAUUAACGCCAGCGACGUGGUAUGAGCUAAGCGUGGAAGCGUACAGCGACGCGGGUGUGGAGCGAGUCACGCUCAGAGCUGAUACUCACACUUUAGCUGGAGGUCGUAUACCUCCAAUGAAACCGUCAUCCCCACUUUCUGGUGGGUCCAAGCCGACAUCGUUGCGGACGGUGCUAGUAUCGUGUGUUGCGAGUGGUGUUGUAAUAGUCGUCACAUUGGCAGCCAUAGUGUGCCUUGUGCACGGCAAGAAAAAAUUUUUCUGCAUCUCGAGUGACCACUACAUAAGAGAUAAUAGAAAACUAAGUGAAAGCAAUGAGGCUGAGAGGGAGAAGCUUCGAGAGGGACAGAAACUUUACUCAUCCUCUUCUAUCAAUGGCAAUGAGAAAUCUAAUGAUGACUCAUCAGCGGAAUUAUACGAGAUAAGUCCGUACGCGACAUUCGGAGUGUCAGCGGCGCACUCGCUGCAGUUCCGCACGCUCGCGCGCCGCGAAGACGACGCCGCGCCCCCGCACCGCCGCCGCCACCGCGCCUGCGACCACUACCGAUACGUGUACAAAUUUAACACUUACACCGAGCAGUCGCUUGGUCCGAUUCUUGAACUUGGCCCGACAGAUGAAUCGAGCCUGUCUAAAUGCUCGACAGUGGAGGCGCGGCACCGCAUGCGCGCCGCCUGCGCCAGCGCCGGCCCCGCCUCCACCAGCUGGCGCGACACGCACACCGACUCCGACGACAACAGCGACAGUGCCGCCAACACCACCACCAAAGGUUCAGGCACAUCCCCGUGCGGCAGUGCCUACGGCAGCGGCCGCCGCAGCGCCCGCACUACCAGCAGGUAG